AAAAGAAAAAAAAGUUUUUUAUUUAUUUACAAAAGUGAAGGUAUUGCGAUCGUUGAAUGCUUAUUCUCAUCAACAGCGAACUAGUGAUUCACUUCUUGCAUCAAGUCAGUUAACUGGUAAUUUAUCAACCACCUCACUGAGAUUUGAAGUUGGUUAAAAAUCAACCUUUUUUGGACUAAAAGUGGAUGCUUUAGAGACGAAUUCAAAAAUUGGAAGCUUUAAAGACUUAUCGACCUGUUUUUGGCUUUUCGCAUCGUCUGUAUAGCAUUUGUUUCUUGGAUUAGCGACUUCCAUUGAAAGAUUCUAAUAGUAUAGGAAGUUUUGGUGCUAAAUUGCGUUACUCAACUUAACUGAUUUCUUCGUUGGUUGUUGAGUUGUAUAUCUCAACGCUCGGAGCUUUUUUUUGGAUCACAGUUCCUAUUUAGUUCUUUAGGGGUUGACUAUAUAAAGUACAAACUAUACUUUCUGCUUUUCCUUGUUUUGGAGCAAUAAAUAUUUUGUUAUUGAUUUGAACGAGAAGAUGAAGUUCGGUCAACUAUUGAAAGAAACGCUAGUACGAGAAUAUCAGUACUCGUACGUAAAUUACGACAAAUUAAAAAAAGAAAUAAAAAAGAGAAAUGAUGAUGGAGGUUGGUCUGAAGAAGAUGAAUCCGACUUUGUUGAACUACUAGAAAAAGAGCUCGACAAAGUCUAUUCUUUCCAAAAAGCAAAAUCAGAAGAGACGCUGGAGCGUAUUCGCUACUGCGAAGAACAAACUUCAGAUGCCAUAAGUCGUCUUAAUAGCAGUGACGCUCCUCCAACGGACGCUGAUUUCAUCAGUUUAGAGACUGAACUUACCGAUAUUAUGGAAACGGUGCAUGAUUUGGCCAAAUUUUGUGAACUAAAUUACACCGCCUUUUACAAAAUCGUGAAGAAACAUGAUAAACACACAUCUUGGUCUUUAAAGCCUGUCUUUGCUGUUCGUUUGAACGCGCGUCCUUUCUACAAAGAACAAUACGACCUUCUAAUCGUAAAGCUUAGCCGGCUGUACGAUUUCGUCCGUACUCGUGGUAGUCCCACCAGGGGCGAUAAUGCAGCUGGUGGCAGUCAACAGAAUUUUGUCCGACAAACUACAAAGUACUGGGUUCACCCUUCCAACGUAACGGAGCUUAAACUUUAUAUUCUCAAGCAUUUGCCUGUUCUGGUUUUCAAUCCGAAUAAAGAGUUCACUCGUGAAGAUUCUGCUAUUUCGAGUAUCUAUUAUGACAACGACGAUUUAGAGUUUUAUCUUGGUCGUCUUGAAAAGCAUGAGGGUGCGGAAGCUAUACGUCUUCGUUGGUAUGGUAGUAUGGAAAACAACAACAUCUUCGUUGAACGCAAAACCCAUCGUGAAGACUGGACUGGAGAAAAAAGUGUGAAGGCUAGAUUCCCGUUGAAGGAAAAGAAUGUCAAUGCCUUUUUGCGUGGAGAUUACACUGUGAAAGAAGCCUUUGCUAAAAUGCGAAAAGAAGGAAAAAAACCCAUUUCUGAAAUUGAAAAUUUGGAACGUUUGGCUAAGGAAGUUCAAUAUACUGUUUUAAGUAAAGGAAUGAAGCCAUACGUUCGUAGUUUUUAUGAAAGAACCGCAUUUCAAUUACCAGGUGACGCUCGUGUUCGUAUUUCCUUGGAUUCAAAUUUGGCAUUGGUUCGAGAAGAUGGUCCAAAUCGUGCUGGAAACAAUUGGCGUCGUAUGGACAUAGGAAUUGAUUAUCCUUUUAAUCAAAUUCCUGAUGAAGAUGUGGUACGCUUCCCUUAUGCUAUUUUAGAAGUGAAACUUCAGACGCAGUUUGGUCAGGAUCCCCCUGAGUGGGUUAAUAAUUUGGUCAACAGUCACCUCGUUGAAGCAGUUCCUAAAUUUUCCAAGUUUAUUCAUGGUGUCUCUAGUUUGUUUUACAAUCGUGUUGAUAUGCUUCCGUAUUGGUUUCCACAAAUGUCCGUAGAUAUCAGAAAACCUGUUAAUAAUUCCGUUCGUCCUGUCAAGAGUUUUAGUGAUGCUCCUAGUUCAUCAGCGUCUCAACAUGUAUCUGACAGCGAGAAUACACAAUCGAGUAACAUUUUAGACGAAGAAGCUCGUAUACCGUCGUCAUCCGGUGUCAGAAGAAAUGGAAGUAUUCACCGCGCUCAUGAUCAGUUUGACGAUUUAGAUGAACACAGUUCUUUACUGAACGUAGGUGAACGAAAAAAUGAUGAGUCUUUUAUUACGGCAGUUACUACAAAGCUGAAAUCUAUAAAGGAUAAUUUCUUCGUAGAAACUAUUCCGAAGUUUGAAGAAUCAAAUGAGCCUUCAGUUUUAUUUGAGCAGAACUUUACAGCGCCUCCUGGCAAAAGGAUAUACGUUCCUGUUCGUGUGGAACCAAAGACGUAUUUUGCUUUAGAACGUACCUAUCUGGAUUAUUUGCGUUAUUCCAUUUUGAUGGGUUCCAUUGGUAUUACCUUGUUUAAUUUUUCUCAUAAUCGUGCAGGUAUACUAGCAGCGUCUUGUUUUACUCUAGUUGCCUUGUCUGCUAUUAUUUAUACCACUCUCUUGUAUUUAUGGCGAGCUGUUAAUAUUGCUAAGCACAAUGCUGUGCGAUAUGAUGAUCGAUUUGGCCCAACCGUUAUUUGCAGUAUAACUAUCUUUGCAGUCGUUGCCAACAUUGUGUUUAAUUUCCAAGCCUAACUAAGUGACCUGACGAUGUCUAAUUAUUUUUUUUCAAUAAUGAACUAUUAAUAUAUAUAGACAGAUUACACAAAUUACUGACUAUAAUAUCUUGUUUUUACAGUAUCAGGAUAAAAAACCAAAAAUUAUAUUAAAAAAUUAAUACUAAAUCAAAAUUG